CUUGUUUUCAAAAGGAAACAGGGAACUUCGUAGCUCUGCCUUUCCAAAGACUCAGGGCUAAGCUCUUCCAGGCAGCUGCAGAAAGAGCAUCCUCCGCUUCACGUCUCAGAGGCUUCUGUGUUGAUGAUGAGAAAGUUUUUUGCAUACAUGUUUGAAUAGUGAGAUCGGUUUUCCAGGGAAAGAAGGCUAGGCUGCUCUUCAAAAAUGAUAUGUGUGGAAAAAUAAAACUAUCUUUGCAGACACUUGUGUUUGAUAAUCUGUAUCAUCUGUGAUCUCAAGCUGUGUGAAAUAAUCCUUUUCAAGAUGUAUGGAAUAUCACAUGUUGCAUCAACACCAAGAGCAAGUGAAUGGUGGGCAUUAACUAAGUGUUGUAAGCAUGGUGCUCUAAGUACGCAGGAGAGGCAAGGUUCAACAGCAUUUAAUGGAGAACACAGACAGAGCCUUUCACGACAUAUUUUUCAAAGUUAUGCUUGUGCCUUUCUGGAUGAUGACCCUGCCUAUGAGUGUUGUUCCACAAAUCCUCUGACAGGCUCCCUUUCCACGUGCCGCCGCAGCCCACGACUGCUUUCUAAUGGUUACUAUGUUUUGACAGAAGACAGUUUUCUGUCUGAUGAAGAGGGCAACAUAACACUGAUGCCAUCCCAGACAAGUGUUAUAUAUAAAGAGAAUUUAGUUCGCAUAUUCCGGCGAAGGAAGAAAACUCAUCGCUCUUUGGCCAGCUUGUUCAAUCUCGGUGCCUCCAGUACAUGGCUCAGCAGCACCAUUCUCAGCAAUAUGGAUUCCUGCCAUGUAGAUGAUCCUUGGCCUGAGGGAUGCAGUAAACUGGAAGCCAGUCGGAGUGAUAUUGUCACUGAAGAUCUUGUUAGAAGACGUGCAGAACAUAACAACUGUGAAAUUUUUUCACUGGAAGAAAUCUCUUUACAUCAGCAGGAAAUAGAGAAAAUAGAAUAUCUUGACAAAUGGUGUAGAGAAUUAAAAAUUCUCUAUCUUCAGAAUAAUCUCAUUCCAAAAAUUGAAAAUGUGAGCAAAUUAAAGAAGCUGGAAUAUUUGAAUGUAGCUUUGAACAACAUUGAAAGAAUUGAAAAUCUAGAAGGCUGUGAAGAACUGAAGAAACUUGACCUAACAGCAAACUUUAUUGGUGAACUCUCCAGUACUGAAGCCCUAAAAUCUAAUAUACAUCUGAAGGAACUGUUUCUAGUGGGUAACCCAUGUACUGAAUUUGAAGGUUAUAGACAAUUUGUGGUGGCAACUCUUCAUCAACUAAAGUAUUUGGAUAGUAAAGAAAUAGAACGCUCAGAGAGGAUUCAAGCACUUCAAAACUAUCCAGAACUGAAACAGAAAAUCAGAGAACAGGAACAAGCUUACCUUCUCAAAAGGGCCAGAGAAAAAGAAGAGGCUCAAAUAAAGAUGCAAGAAAGAAAGGGCAAGAAACAGAAACAAAUGGAAUCUAAGCUUGGGUUUGACAGCCCAGACUCCCUGCAGAACAAAGAAAACCAUCAGGCAGAAAGAGACAGAGAGCAAGAAAUAUGGAGAACAGUUGAAUAUGAUGAAGAAGACAGAAAAUUCUGGGAGGAGCCUACACCAUAUACUCCAGAAUCUAGAUUAGAAACUCACAGAUAUAUUGAAGAAAAACGGAGAGCUAAAGAAAAUAAAAGGGAAUCAGAAAAGAAAGAGAAGCCUCUUCGGACAUUGGUCACUGCAGAAGGAAAAGUUCUGAAUGUGAAUGUGCCUAAGCUUAAUUUCUCUUUGAAAGAUGAUGAAGAAAACAACCAGAUCAUCUUGGAUCUUGCUGUUUACAGACAUUUGGACACUUCUCUGCUUGAUGUUGAUAUCCAGCCAACUUACAUACGAGUGUUGGUGAAGGGAAAGCCAUUUCAGCUUGUGCUCCCUGAGGAAGUGAAGCCUGACUGCAGCUCUGCUAAAAGAUCACAAACAACUGGUCAUUUAGUUGUCAGCAUGCCAAAGGUUAGAGAAAUAAUCCUGGCUAAGCAAAAAGUAUCAACUUCAAUUAAAGAUUCUGACUGCAAUGCACUGCAAAAAUAUGCAAAAAGGAGCGGACAAGUUGAGAAAUUAGAAGUGGAUCCUAGUAAAUAUUCAUUCCCUGAUGUGACAAAGAUAGUCCAAGAAAAGGAACAAAUUGGACAGGGACCUAUUAGGCUACAAGCAGAGAAGAUUACAGAGACUAGGAAGAGUUGUGUUGAUCUUGAAGAUAAUGAAGAAGUUCCUCCCUUAAUUUGAAACAUUCUUAACUAGUCCUUCUACAUGUGGCAUGUGUGCCUGAGUUGUUUUCAUGACCCUAUGCAUAAAGUAUUAUGUAGCUGAAGUUGGAAAUAUUACAUUUCUUAGGAAUAACUUUGUUAUGCCUGUGAUCUCUGCAGACUUUUCUGUUACUAUAUUGCUAUAUAACUACUUUUUUUCUAGGCUGUUUAUUUAGUAAGUCAGAAUAGGAGCCAUAUAUCAGACGUUGUCAUGUCUUCAAAGAAUUUACUGUCUAGCUUGAAAGAUAUAUUACUGUAGAAAAAGAGAGAAGGAAGGAAGAAAGCACUUGCUACAAGAUUUAUGAUUAUUUUCAAUAAGUUGAAGAUAGCGAAUACUUCUAUCUAUUCCUUCAGUGUUUUCUUUUUCACAAAGCACAACAGUAAAAAUACUCAUUGCUGUAACCUGCCAUACAUCAGUGAAUUUUCCAGCAUAAUGGAAAGCUCCUGGAUUCUAGAGGUGGUAUGACAAUGCCACUCCUUUAAGAUUUUUUUUAGAGAAUAAUGUUGAACACAGUGUCUCAGAUAUGGCACCAUGGAGAAACUGGGAGAAAUCAACCAGACCAUUCUUGUUUAUCUUCAUGCAGCUACUCUAAAAUAUUCCAUGUUUUACAGCAUCCCCUGAAAAUAUGAAGGCUAAUUUUUAGGUGUUGGAUGAAAUAAGGUUGAGCAGCUGGAUUAGGAUGAGCUUAUUGCCUGCUUUCCAGCCCAUUUUUAGCAACAAGAGACUCCAUUAUCAUAUUUUUUCCAUCAGCUUCUGGAUUGCCCCAUGACUGAAACAUGCAGCAUCAAAGGACAAAUGUAUAUUGAGUUAAAAGAGAAAAUUAUUGCAAUUUGGCAAGACCAAACUUCUUUUAGUUUUCUUUUUUUUGGUUGGUUGGUUGGGUUUUUUUGCCUGGUUUCCUGAUAAAACGAUGCACAACAUCAUUCUUAGCUCUGCUUUGGAUGCCAUUUCUGUUAUUUUCACCCUAUUUGAUGUAAAAGGAAUCUCACAGAAAUACACAGCUCCUCUAAAUAUACUGGAAACCAUCACUGAAUGGUAAAAAGUGACUCUGUUGAUGCAGCUGCUGUUGGGAAUAGAGAACUCAGCCAUUAGGUGUUCUGACAGUAGCCACUCAGCUAAUAAACAUGUUGGUAAUUGAACUCUUUGUAGAUAUUAUCUUUCUUGCCUAGGUGGUAUUCAAUGAAAACAGAAGUCAUGAUGGUAGGGCUCUGGGAACCAAGAGGAAAGCUGAGGAGAGUGUGGGAAAUAUUUAGAAAAUAUGGUUAGACCUUGAGUUACUAAGGAACAAAAAAGUGAAUAUUAAA